UAGCGUCCGAAAGUCAUAAAUGCGAUUGCGCAUUAACAUACCCCUGAAAAUUACCGAAGUGUGUACAAAAAAAUAUAUUUUCUUGUGACAAGGACUGUAGAAUGUAAACAAAAAAGUUAUAACUUUUAAAAAUGGAUAUAGAUUUGGAAGAAUUGUCAAAUGACACAAAUCUUAUUGCUAAAAUCAAACAAUUUUAUGAUACAACAGCGAGAAUCGAAGAUAUAAUUAAAUAUUCUACAGAUCCAGAAAUAUAUGAGAAACUUUCUAAUGAAGAUAAAAUUCAAUACAAUCUCUUGAUGUCUUAUUGCUUAAACAGUAUGUUUUGGAUGUACUUACGGGCAGAAGGAAUUGAUCCUACAAAACAUCAAAUCAAAUUAGAGAAUGAUCGUUUAAAAAAAUCUAUGAUGCGUGCCAAACAAAUUAAUGAUAGGAAUACCCUCAUGCCUCGAGUUAAUAAAGAAGUUGCACAAAGACUUAUAAGAAAUGGAUUAUGGGAAAUGAAAAGUAAUAACAAAUCAACAUAAAAAUAAUGAAGUCAAAAAUGGAUUCAAUUAAAUUUGUGUUAUGAAUUAAGUAUUGUCUUCAAUUGUUUAAGUCCAAAUAAAAACAAUUAUAGGAUAUUCAAUUUAUAUACUAUAUACAUGCUUUUAUUUGAAGACAAAUAAUAUGCCUUACCAUAUGAUACACUAACUUCUACAUAAUACUGUAUAUUAUACAAUAGAUAUGUCAUGACUAUGUUUAAGACACUUUUUAUACUUAUUUACCACUGUCACCUUGAUCACAGACUUUGUAACAUCGUACAAGUUAAAAGUAUUUAAAACAAAAAUUACUGUGAUCCUCAGGUACAUGAAGAAUAUAUUUCUCUUGCAAUAAGUAGUUUUCAUACUUUAUUUCUUAUUAAGCAAGAUAACAUGUUUUCUAUAAUAAUAAAUACUA